CAAUGACUGCAAGAACACACUGGAGCUGUCUGCACUUUGCCAGGUCACCAGCGGCGGGGCCAAUGGAACGACUCCCAACGCCACCCAGGAGCUCAUCAGGCACACCAACGGACAUUUGCCGCAGGUUGCCGUGGAGAUGCCAAACGUAAAGCGAGUGAAGGCCAGGCGGGACUCCCAGUACCCCACCAAGAGAGAUCACAUGAUCUGCAAAUGUCUGACGCUCAGCAUCACCUACGCUGCCACCAUCGGCGGCCUCAUUACCAUCACCGGCACCUCCACCAACCUCAUCUUCGCCGAGCAGUUCAACACCCGGCCGGGACAAAGACGUUACCCAGACGCCAAAGUCAUCAACUUUGGCACCUGGUUCAUCUUCAGUUUCCCCAUCGCCAUCAUCAUGCUGGUCCUCACCUGGCUGUGGCUUCACUUCCUCUUCCUGGGCUGCAACUUCCAGGAAACAUGCUCUCUGAGUAAGAAACGCAAAUCUAAGAGAGAGAUGAUGUCAGAGAAGAGAAUACAGGAGGAAUAUGAAAAGCUGGGACCCAUCAGUUACCCAGAGGUGGUCACCGGGGUUUUUUUCAUCCUGAUGACUCUGCUGUGGUUCACAAGAGAGCCAGGAUUUGUUCCCGGCUGGACGUCUCUUUUUGAGAAAAAAGGUUACCGGACCGAUGCAACGGUGUCUGUCCUCCUGGGCUUCCUGCUCUUCCUCAUUCCCGCCAGGCGACCCUUCUCCUCGUCCUCCUCCGGCUCCAGAGACCCCGGUACGCUGUCGGAUCCACUGGCUCCCAUGAUCACCUGGAAGGACUUCCAGAGACUGAUGCCGUGGGAGAUCGUCAUCCUGGUGGGCGGCGGCUACGCCCUGGCUGCCGGCUGCAAGGUGUCGGGCUUGUCGGUGUGGAUCGGCCGCCAGCUGGAGCCCAUGAGCGGACUCCCGCCCUGGGCCGUCACCCUGCUGGCCUGCCUGCUGGUGUCGGCGGUCACCGAGUUUGCGUCCAACCCGGCGACCCUGACCGUCUUCUUGCCCAUCCUGUCUGCGCUGUCAGAGACCCUGCACAUCAACCCCCUCCACACUUUAAUCCCCUCCACUAUGUGCGUGUCAUUCGGGGUCAUGCUUCCAGUGGGGAACCCCCCUAACGCCAUCGUCUUCAGCUACGGACACCUGCAGAUCAGCGACAUGGUGAAAGCAGGAUUCGGGGUGAACCUGAUUGGUGUGGCGGUGGUGAUGUUAGCCAUCACCACGUGGGGGGUGCCACUCUUUCAUUUGACCCACUUCCCAGCCUGGGCCGUGGCCAGCAACGUGACCAGCGGCUUAUAGCAGCCUUUCUACCAAAGGAAUGGAAGUAAUGUGAACUCUACUAGAAUGAUACUUUUGUGGGGACAAAUUACUAUUUUCAUCAUUCUUACUUGCCCUGUGACGCAUCCCAUUUCAGUAAAGCCUGCUGUACUUUCAAUGCAUGCAAGCAUCAAUGUUUAUGCGGAUAUAUACUUUGAAUGCAUGCAAGCAUCAAUGUUUAUGCAGAUAUAUACUUUGAAUGCAUGCAAGCAUCAAUGUUUAUGCAGAUAUAUACUUUCAACGCAUGCAAGCAUCAAUGUUUAUGCAGAUAUAUACUUUGAAUGCAUGCAAGCAUUAAUGUUUAUGCAGAUAUAUACUUUGAAUGCAUGCAAGCAUCAAUGUUUAUGCAGAUAUAUACUUUCAAUGCAUGCUAGCAUCAAUGUUUAUGCAGAUAUAUACUUUGAAUGCAUGCAAGCAUUAAUGUUUAUGCAGAUAUAUACUUUGAAUGCAUGCAAGCAUCAAUGUUUAUGCAGAUAAAAACGCUCGACAAUAUCUCAUGCUGCUACAAAGUUCUCACACUGUAUACAUAUCAGCAAUUAUCUUCAACCGUGCCUUUAUAUGAAUAGAACAGCUCCAGAAAACACUUAAUGUAAGCGUGUUCUUCUUUGUGUGCUUUUAUGGACAUAAGGACUUUUGAUGGAAUGACGGACAUCAAUGUGGACUAAAAAGUGUGUCCCAGUUGAAUAAUAAGACUGGUUGCCUUGGUGAUGAGUGAUAUUGGGAAGCAUGUUAGGAUCAUUCAUGUUCAGAUCUGCUGCUAAAAGUAUGAACACUGUACUGCACAAAAGUCUACAAGCUGUUGAAUAUUUCCUUACAGUUAGACAAUGACCUGUGUGGAUUUUAUGGCUUUUACCCUAGCAUAGUUACAAUCAAGAGGAUGCCUUCAUUUUAGUGUGUGUAAUUUAUUCAUGCCUACUUUUUGUAAAUACAUACAGGCUUGUGCUGAAGUCUGAAGCUUUUUGGCCAGUUAGGAAGACCAAAUGUGUACAAGAAUAAACUCCCGGAAGCCAAACUGUUUUUUUUUCUU